GGCGGGCGACGGCAGUGGCGGGCCUGGCCCCCGGGAUGGCGAUGUUCCGCAGCCUAGUGGCCUCGGCUCAGCAACGGCAGCCGCCGGCCGGGCCCGCGGGCGGCGACAGCGGCCUGGAGGCGCAGUACAGCUGCCCCAUCUGCCUGGAGGUCUACUACCGGCCGGUGGCCAUCGGCAGCUGCGGCCACACGUUCUGUGGGGAGUGUCUCCAGCCGUGUCUCCAGGUGCCGUCCCCCCUCUGCCCCCUCUGCCGCCUGCCCUUCGACCCCAAGAAGGUGGAUAAGGCCGCUCAUGUGGAAAAGCAGCUCUCAUCCUACAAGGCACCCUGCCGAGGCUGCAACAAAAAGGUGGCUCUGGCCAAGAUGCGAGUGCACGUCUCGUCCUGUGUGAAGGUCCAGGAGCAGAUGGCCAACUGCCCCAAGUUCGUCCCUGUGGUGCCCACAUCCCAGCCUAUCCCCAGCAACAUCCCCAACAGGUCUACCUUCACCUGCCCCUACUGUGGCGCCCGCAACCUAGACCAGCAGGAGUUGGUGAAGCACUGCGUGGAGAGUCACCGCAGCGACCCCAACCGUGUGGUCUGCCCCAUCUGCUCGGCCAUGCCCUGGGGGGACCCCAGCUACAAGAGCGCCAACUUCCUGCAGCAUCUCCUACACAGGCACAAAUUCUCCUAUGACACCUUCGUGGACUACAGCAUCGACGAGGAAGCUGCCUUCCAGGCUGCCCUGGCGCUGUCUCUCUCUGAGAACUGAGGG